AGAAAUUCCCCAUUUUUUUUUUUUUUUUUUUUUUUUUUCUCUUUGGUGUCGUCUCCACUUUCGUUGAUAUUUUCAACCACGAUCCACGAAAAAUUAACCAUAAUAUAAAGUGGGUCGUUGCUUGGCGACGUCUCCAACCAUUCUUUCGUGUCGUUUUUUUCGACCAUUUGCCUCUGUUUUUCUACCUUCUCUAUCUCUCUCCCUCGCUCGCUCUCUCUCUCUCUCUCUCUCUCUCUCUCUCUCUCUCUUUGUCCGUUUCCAUGCCUCUUUUUCAUCCUCGACGAUGAAAAGAUGAUUGCCCAUUCCUCGAACAAUAUUCAGUUCUUUCUCGAAGGACGACGGCAUUACAAUGGCGGGAGACCAAGGCCUAGGGAGCUCGAAUUCGAACACGUGAAGUCGGCCAUCGAGGCGGUGGCCAACGGGUUGUCGCUGAGGAAGGCGGCUAAUAUGUUCUGCAUAUCGAAAUCUGUUCUUCAUCGUUACAGUAAACUGGAGUCACGAUCGGUGGGAUACCUCAACUGCCAGAAAGUCACCUAUCCGUGCAAGAAUUGCGGCAAAGUGUACAAUUACUACUCCAGUUUGGCGAGGCAUUUGAAGCACGAAUGCGGGGUGGAACCGAAGUUUCACUGUCCACUCUGCCCUUACAGAACGAAGCACAAAUCCAGCUUGAACACACAUCUGAACGGCAGGCAUAUGAAACUUUUGAGCGAAUUUUACACUAUGCCAAAUGGGAACAAGCUUUCAUCCACCAUGGAUACUGGGAAUUAAUAAUUGCCUCUGUCAUAUUUACUCGCAUUUUCUCCUUUUUUUAUUCUUCCUCUUCUUAUUUUAUUAUUUCUUAUUAUUGGAAACAGUUGGAAAAUCAAUGGUUUUCCUCGAAAAACGAUAAUAAGAAUUUUAUAGAUUUAUCCCUAUUUUUCGAUAACUCCCCUUUCUCUUUUUUUUUUUCGCUUAAAAAUUAUUGUUAUUAGAAAUAGAAGUUUAGAUUAUUAUUAUUACUAUUAUUAUUAUUAUUAUUAUUAUUAUUAUUAUUAUUAUUAUUAUUAUUAUUAUUAUUAUUAUUAUUAUUAUUACUAUUACUAUUACUAUUACAUAAUUUUCACGUUCACGCGAAUACUUACGUUUCCCAAUUCACCUUUUUAUUUGAUUUCAUUUUUUUCCCACUUCCCCACUUCGCUUGAAAAUUGCGAUUAUUAGAAAGAAAUUGCCGAUAAUUUAAUUAAGCGAUGCGUAUACUCGGUUAGAGGAAGAGCGAAUAUCGCUUUGAACGCGACUUUAAGCGCUGAAAUAUUUUUACUUACUAAACACUUAUAUGAGUAUAUCCUUUUCUCAUGACUGACUGAGAAAUGUUUUUCAUCGUGGUUCAUCACAGAGCAUUUUACGUUGGCGUUAUACGCACUGUUACAUAUUGCCUGCGAAGUACUCGUAAGAAUGUGUUGGUCGAGCGACGAUAAAAAAAAAAGAGGAAAGUAGUUGGUCAGAUAUUUGGCGCGCUUGAGGCGCGUAUAUAUAUAAUAUAUAUAUAGAUUCAUGUGCAAUUGUAAAACACGUCCAUUUGUGGACUAAUCGAGAUUAAUUGGAUGAAGAUAUUUUUUUUCAUGGAAACUACCAGUACCUUUGAAACAUAUAAUUAACACAUAUAUAUAUAUAUAUAAUUGAAGCCAUCGAUGAAAAUUUCAUGGAUGUAUCGCGAAGUUGAAAGCUGGUUUCAAUUUUAACCGGCAAAAUUUGUGUUGAUGAUUUUUUAACGAUGUAACGAUUUCGAAACUAUUUCAUUCGAUUCUCGAUUACAAAAUUAAGAAAGUUACCUGAAUAUACCGCGCUACUUUAAGGUCACAUUCACAAACAACAGCAUUACACACGAACAUCAGAUCAGUAUUUACGCGUUGUAAAUAUUACUUGAAGCGUUACAUAGUUUUUCUCAAGAAUUUUUUUGAAAUAUUUAAUAUCGUAUCGUUACAAUUUUGAAAGAUUAUUCUUCUUCCAGACGCAUCAUUAAUAAACGUUUGAUCGGUGAGACGAUCGUUAUCGAGGCGUUACGAAGCAAUGCCAAUACUGUGUUUUUUUCUUUUCUAUCAUUAAGUGGAUGCACUUAAAAUGCAUGACAUAUUGCGAAUAAUACGAUGCUGGUAUGAUGUCGUUCGCGUGUCCUCUUUAAGGUCGUUGAACGUUUAAUAAUGCGAAUGCACCAGCAUCGACAUAUAUUAUAUUACUUAACGAUAAUAAUACGUUAUUCACCGUAGUCUAGAUGGCGACACGAAUUUGCCAAUCAGACUGUACGCCAUUUAUAAGCCGUUCGUACGCUGUUGAUGACAAGAUCGCUUAUUAUUAAUUAUAUUCCAAGUUAAGUAACAUUCGAUUGCUCGUACAUCAUACGAAAAUCUAUUUUAUCGUUAGAGUAUUGUAUAAAUUGAUAUAUAAUUAUUAUAAUAAUUCGAUCUAUACUUGAUCUCUCGAAAUCUAUUAUUAUUAUUAUUAUUAUUAUUAUUAAACUGAAUUUUUAUUGUUUCGAUGUUGCAAACAUCGAACGAAUAUGAUAGCUGCGAAUAUUUCAGACGGAUACUGGUCUGAUUUUCGACAAUUACGUUCCAACGAUUAUUGAGAAACUUGAAUUAUCCCACGAAUUAUCUGUCGGUUUGCACAGCCAAAGUUAGAAUAGUCGAGCCUUCUUUUAAGCAGGCUUAACAUAAAACAAGUUAUAAGUUUUCCGUUCUCGGAGAACGUAUGAUUAUGAUUUAUGUUGGACACUUACGCUUAUUUCCAUAUAUCAUACGCGAUCGACAAUAACCAAUUAUUAUUAAAUAAAUAAAACCGCCUGUGCCGCGAUUACGCGCCAAGAGUUCUUCUUCGGUCAUUGUCACAAGCUGCAUUGCGUUCAAAUUCGUUGUUUCGAGCAUUCGAAUUUAAACAAGAAAUAUUAUCCAUUAUAGAGCACGUACCUAUUUCGUACCAAUAAAAUAUGAAACUUUGAGAUUCA